GUUCAUAUCCCACAAUCUCCCCAAUGGCAGCCUCUCUCAGAUUUCAUUCUCUUCUUUCCUUCGCUCUGAUUCUCGCGUUCUCAAUGCCAUGCCAAUCUGCUCCCCAGUAUGGCUUCACCACGGAGCUGGUCCACCGUGACUCGUCGAGGUCCCCAUACUACAACCCCGCCGACACCCCGCAUCAACGCGUGGCCAACGCUAUCCGCCGGUCUGUUUCCCGCGCCGACCGUCUCGGCCAGAGCUCUGCCAACGCCCCGAGCACGCCCUCCGGGGUGAUCGUCUCCAGCAACGGGGAGUACCUUCUGAACGUCUCGCUCGGGAGCCCGCGCGUGGCUAUCGUGGGGAUCGCCGACACAGGGAGCGACCUCAUAUGGACACAGUGCGAGCCGUGCGAUGAUUGCUUCAAACAAGCGUCCCCGCUUUUCAACCCUCGCAAGUCCUCGACGUACAAGGACAUCUCGUGCAGCGUGUCGCCGUGCAGCACGCUCAGCCGAACCUCCUGCGGCGGACGAGGACUCUGCGAGUAUUCUUACUCUUACGGUGAUAGGUCAUACACUAAGGGAAACCUAGCCACAGAGACCUUAACCCUAGGGUCCACCUCCGGCCGGCCGGUGAGCUUCCCCAAGGUGAUCUUUGGGUGUGGACACGACAACGGCGGGACCUUCAAUGAUCGCACGGACGGAAUCAUCGGGCUCGGGGGCGGCAGCAUCUCACUCUUGACCCAAUUGGGGACAGCCACCGGCGGGAAAUUCUCCUAUUGCUUGGUGCCCUAUUCCUCGGAUCGUGGAAGCUCUAGCAAAUUGAACUUCGGGGCCAACGCCGUGGUCGCCGGCCGCGGCGUCAUUUCCACCCCUCUAGUCCAAAAGGACCCAAAGACUUUCUACUUCCUAACCCUUGAAGCGGUAAGCGUCGGCAAGACGAGGAUAGAAUUCACAUCCGACGACCCAUCCGAUCCCGUGGACGAAGGAAACAUCAUCAUCGACUCGGGCACGACGUUGACGCUGCUGCCUCAAGAUUUCUACACCAAGAUUGAAGACGUCCUCGGCAAGUUCGUGACUCUGCCCCCGGCGAGCGACCCGUCGCAGAUCCUUAGCCUUUGUUACCAGGCCGGGGCAGAUGUCGGGUCCAGCAUUCCCACCAUAACGUUCCAUUUCAAGGGCGCGGACGUGGAACUGAAUGCAGGGAACACCUUUGUUCGAGUCGCCGACGACAUCAUAUGCUUGGCGUUGGCACCGGGCCGGACGACGAUCUACGGCAACUUGGCGCAGAUGAACUACUUGAUCGGAUACGACACUCAGAACAAUAAGUUGUCCUUCAAGCCUGAGCCCAAGACUUUCUACUACCUAACCCUAGAAGCGGUUAGCGUCGGCGAGACGAGGGUAGAAUUCCCAUCCGCCGGCCCUUCCCUUUCCGAGGAAGAAGGAAACAUCAUCAUCGACUCGGGCACGACCUUGACGCUGCUGCCGCAAGACUUCUACUCCAAAAUCGAAGCCGCCAUGGUCAAGUACAUGAAACUGCCCCGCGUGAGCGACCCGUCUCAGUUCAUCAGCCUUUGUUACAAGGCCGUGUCGGAUACCGGGCUCGGCAUCCCUCCCGUGACCUUCCAUUUCAAGGGCGCGGACGUCGUGCUUGGGCCAACGAACUCCUUCGUCCGAGUCGCCGAAGAUAUCAUAUGCUUCGUGUUGAACCCGGGCGCGAUGUCGAUCUACGGCAACCUGGUGCAGAUGGACUUCUUGGUGGGAUACGACAUCCAGAACAUGAAGUUGUCCUUCAAGCCUGUUGAUUGCACCUUGCACUGA